UCUGCAUCACCAGUCUCCCGUUAGUUUCCUUGGAAACGAGAAAAGGGUGGAGAAAGGAAUAAGGUGCAUCGAGCUGCGAAUAGAAAGGCGAGAGACGGAGGGGAAGGAAAGAGGCACCUGAACACAUGAUCACUUCCUAACGGCUGUUCAACUAUUGCCUGUUAGCCUACUUAUACUGCAGUAGACUGUAAAACAGCGAAAGGUGGACAAAUAAAAUAUAUCCUGCGACCGCUGCACAAACACGGAUCGACAUGUCAGAAAUUGUGCCCCCUGAAGUCAGACCAAAACCUGCCGUCCCAGCUAAGCCCUCUCAUGUGGCCCUGCCUUCUAGUGGUCCCUUUGUGUCUUCACCCCAAGGAACAGGGGGUGAAGGUCAAGGGUCAGGUCGAGGAUCUGCAUUGCUUGGAUACAUUGGAAUAGACACCAUCAUCGAGCAGAUGCGGAAGAAGACCAUGAAGACAGGCUUUGAUUUCAACAUCAUGGUGGUUGGUCAAAGUGGUCUUGGGAAGUCUACUUUAGUGAAUACUCUCUUUAAGUCACAGGUGAGCAGGAGGAGCACAAGCUGGAGUCGUGAUGAGAAGAUCCCAAAGACUGUUGAGAUUAAAUCUGUAUCUCAUGUGAUUGAGGAAGGAGGGGUGAAGAUGAAGUUAACAGUGGUUGACACACCAGGUUUUGGGGACCAAAUCAACAAUGAAAAUUGCUGGGAGCCCAUAUCCAAAUACAUCAAUGAACAAUACGAGAAAUUUUUAAAGGAAGAAGUCAACAUUGCUCGCAAGAAACGCAUCCCUGAUACCAGAGUGCACUGCUGCUUGUACUUCAUAUCUCCAACUGGACACUCGCUUCGCCAGUUGGAUAUUGAGUUCAUGAAACAUCUGAGUCGUGUGGUCAACAUCAUUCCUGUCAUAGCCAAGUCGGACACACUUACUCUUGAUGAGAAAACUGAAUUUAAACAGAAGGUGAGGAAGGAGCUGGAAGCGUAUGGGAUUGAGUGUUAUCCACAGAAGGAGUUUGAUGAAGACAUGGAGGAUAAGAGUGAUAAUGAUAAAAUCAGGGAGGCAAUGCCCUUUGCAGUGGUAGGAAGUGAUAAAGAGUACCAGGUCAAUGGCAAACGGGUUUUGGGCAGGAAGACAGCCUGGGGAGUGGUGGAGGUUGAAAACCCAAAUCACUGCGAAUUCUCCUUACUUCGUGAUUUCAUGAUUAGGUCUCACCUCCAGGACCUGAAGGAGGUCACUCAUAACAUCCACUACGAGACCUACCGUGCCAAGAGGCUCAACGAUAACGGAGGUCUGCACCCCAUCACCUCCUCUGGCCAAGACACACAAGAAAGCAACCUGUGAGGAAAUAACUGAGCGGCAUAGUAAGGAUGCAAGAGAAGACUAGGAUUCAUCUUGUAGUAAUUCAGCUGUGCAUGUUCAGAUGAUUUCAUCGCUGUGGAGGUUUUGUCCUUAUGCUCCUUUUAAUCCUUUGUGGAACUGGUCAUCAUCUCUUGUCGCACAAUCUUCGAAAAUUAGAAAAAGCCUUCCCCCGUUGCUGGCACUGCUGACUUUAGUGAGUGAGUUUGCUCGUGAUAAUCUUUUUCAGGUCUAAUAUGAUGGUACAUAGCCUUGUGCAAAAGCAUUUGUAAUUGGAAAUAGCCCAUCAUUGGCAUAUCUGUCCUCUACUGGAACCUCUGUUAGACUCAUUUGAUCAGUUUUAUAUUGUUAGAAGGGGAAUUGCACUGCCACUGCAGCCUGCAGCUCAACGGGCCUUAUUUAUUAAAACAUUUAGCACACUUUUAGUACCUAUGCCAAUUAAACAUACUCAAGUUAUGAGUAACAUGCAAGUGUUUUAAUAAGUAUUUCAUCUCUUUGGCCCUAUAAGGGAACAGCGGGGUUUCUCUAAGUAAAUUAGAUUCUGUAGUACUACCGUUGUUUUACCUUUGCUGUGUAACUCUGCCAAAGCAAGUCUCAGAGGACUCUGAAGUGACCACUGAAGUAUAUACCUACAGAUCAUUCCAAACAGGUACAACAGUUUAAAUGCACGCCAGGAUUUCCAGUGGCUUUAAAUAGCUUUCCAGCAGCCAAUUAAACUUCAAGAGGAAACCGAAAGAACACUGAUUAAAAACGAUCAGUGCCUUUACCAAAUCAAGAGUUGUAGUUUUGAGGUUUUUCUUCAGCACAUUUUGUAUGGACACACCCCACAAAAAAUUGUAAAGCUGUAUCAACAUUUUUCAAAUGGUAAAACGAUCAAACACA